GGCAACUAAAUGGUGUACCAAAAGCUCGCCAUGCACGGCAGUUCCCGCUUCAAACACCGGGCUUACCCUUGUUCCAGCCUUUGCCAUCCCAGGCAUUUGCUUCUCCAGGGGUCAAUCAUCCUAGUGUUGCGCCAUUCCUGAGACAGACUUUGAGACAGCCUGGCGCCGUGCCGCCACUUCAAUCCCCCGAGUUGACCCCAUCUGGUCAAGAAGAUCUUGCGGCAGCUCUGCUCGGGAACCCCUGCGUGACUAACGAGGGCAAGAAUGGAACGUGUACCACAGUCAAGGGAUGCUACCCUUACUUCCGCUUGUUUGACUUUGGCCCAACGGAGACGGCCUCCUACGGCACCUACGACACUUGUGCUUAUGACACGGUCAAUGGAAAGCAGGUUUUUGGCAUCUGCUGUUCAGAGAAAGACAUCAAGCAAGACCUUUUGGAUCAAUUGGAAGAGUUGAAAAAUGAGGAGCCAUUUGAUCUGGAUGAAUUCCCUCUGGACGCUCAAAUCAACGAGAAUUGCGGCAAGCGGCCUGCUUUGCACAAUUUGAGUAGAAUCAUAAAUGGAGAGGAAACUAAACGGAACGAGUUUCCAUUCAUGGUCGCCUUAUUCAAUAAUCAUCGUUACUUUUGUGGAGGUUCAUUGUUGGAUAAAGUCCAUGUUUUAACUGCAGCCCAUUGUGUCAAGCAUAUUAAUGACGCAGAUGUCAAAUCCAUGAGGAUAUUCCUUGGCGAUCACGACUUACGUCUACGUGACAAAGAAGAGCAACACGCCCGAGUGAAAGCAAUAAUCAAGCAUAAAUCUUUCAAGACAUCCACUUUCCACAACGAUGUGGCCAUUCUAGUCAUGGAGACCCCGAUUACGUUCACCGAUGUCAUCCAACCCGUUUGUUUGGAAGAGGAUCCCAACAAACUAUUUGUCGGUGAAACUCUGCAAGUGGCGGGUUGGGGCAGAACCUCAGAAAAGGGAAUCUCAUCAUCCCACUUGAGAAAAGUGGAGGUUCAAGUAUGGGAAAACGACAAAUGUGCCCAAAGUUAUGGUUCAAACGCACCUGGGGGCAUCACCAGUGGGAUGCUUUGUGCCUCCUCAGAGAAAAAAGACUCGUGCAACGGUGACAGUGGUGGAGCAUUGUUCCAGUGUAACAACGAUCGUUGUCGUCAAAUUGGCAUCGUGUCUUGGGGCAUUGGAUGUGGACGUAAAGAGUACCCGGGUGUAUACACCAGAGUCACCGAAAUGAUUCCUUGGAUUAGAAAAGUCAUGUCGGAAUAUUAG